GCAAAAAUUUCAGUUGAAUAGAUACUGUGGUCGUGGUUGCAUCGAUCUCUGAACAGAAAAAUAAAUUCAAGUUAUAAAUUAUAAAUAAUAUAAAAUACAUUAAAUAUUUUAAGCCAUAUAAUGAAAAUAUCUAAAAAAAUAUAACUUACUUGUAUUUAAUUUCAACAAAAGAACAAUGCAAAUGUAAUAAUAAAAAUAAUUACAAAAGUAUAAAUGUAUAACAGCAAUACAAUCUAAGAUAAAAAACAACAAAAAUUAAUAAUAAAUGCAUUAAAUAAAACCAUAUGUUAACUAAAUUACAAAACAAAAACCAUUCCUUGCGGUUUUAAAUAUUUUAUUUUCAAUUUAACGCACAAAAACUGUCACAUAAAAAUUUAAACAAAAAAAUACGGUAAAAUUUACAGAACACGAAAAUAUAUUUUUACAUACAAAGAAGAAAUCAAAUCAAAUAAAAAAAACGUUUUCUCAUGUGCCUGGUUUUGGCAAAUUGUUGACGUAAAAUAAACUACCGCCAACACUAUUUUUUCUUCAAUACUGACAAUUUUCUUUUAUUAUUUUCAUUUUGCUGUGUCCAUUUUUGUUGUUUAAUGUUUUUCUUUUAUUCGGGUUCAAAUUUGUUGUAAAUCACAAUUUCGGCAAAUACAUAUUUGUUGUGUUUGUUUUGCAGUGACAGUGACAUUCAAACUUAAAAGAACAACCGUUAGUUUGUUGUUUUUUUUUCUUUGCCAAUUCGUUUGAUUUGUUUUUGGGAUAACAUUAAUAAGUGCCGAAAUUUUUCGUUUACAUAUUGUUUAUAAAGUGAAUUGUUAAAGUGUUUCGGUUUCCUAAUUUACAUUACAUUGUAAAUACUUGUUUGUUAGUGUAAAUAAUAAUUAAGUGUACAUAAAACAGUUAUGUCUAAUACGGAAAAACAGGGUGUAAGCAGAAUAAGAAAUUUCUUAUCAUGUCGCCAGGUCUUAAACAUUUUAACCAUGUUCGGCUUUAUGCUGAACUAUGCCCUGCGUGUAAAUCUAACUAUUGCCAUAGUAGAAAUGGUUAAACCCGAAAAUCUCACAAUCUCCAAUACAACAGGCCCAACAGUAACAACGUUUUUAGACAACUCAACGUCAUCAGCUGCGGCAAUGACAGCUAAAGAUUUGAAUGCAAUAGUUGAUGAUAAAAAUGAUGAAAAAUUUCCAUGGGAUUCAUAUCAACAGAACUUUGUACUCGGUUGCUUUUUCUGGGGUUACAUACUGACAGAGUUGCCGGGUGGUCGAUUGGCUGAAUUGAUUGGUGGUCGUCGGGUAUUUGGUCACUCCAUGUUAUGGGCCAGUUUAUUGACUUUGAUAACACCGCUGGCAGCUCAUUUGAAUUAUGUAGUGCUGAUAGUAGUACGUGUAGUUUUGGGUUUUAUGUUGGGCGCUUCUUGGCCGGCCAUUCAUCCUUUGGCCGCUGUUUGGAUACCACCAAUGGAAAGAUCUAGAUUUAUGUCCAAUAUGAUGGCUUCCUCUUUGGGUGCAGCUAUAACUAUGCCAGUUUGUGGUUAUCUCAUUUCGGUUUCCGGCUGGGCUAGUGUUUUCUAUUUGACUGGUGCUGUUGGUCUUUUGUGGUCGAUCUGUUGGUUCACAUUUGUCUACGAAACCCCAGCUACGCAUCCUCGCAUUUCGGCGGAGGAAAGACGGGAAAUUGAAGAAGCCAUUGGUACAUCGACCUCUAAGAAACGUCCCAGCUAUGUGCCCUGGGGUGAUAUGUUGUGUUCGCCCGCUGUCUGGGCCAUUAUCAUAACACAUGGCUUAGCAGUGUUUGGUUUCUUUACCGUCAUCAAUCAAUUGCCCACAUUUAUGAAACAAAUAUUGCAUUUUGAUAUUAAAAAGAAUGGUCUAUAUUCGUCCCUGCCUUAUCUGGGUAAAUAUGUUAUGGCAUUGAGUUCAUCAGUAUUUGCCGAUUAUCUGCGCAAGAAGGGUACCUUGAGUACAACAGCAACGAGAAAAAUAUUUACUGCUUUCGCUCUAACCGGUCCCGGUCUAUUGAUGGUAGCUCAAGUAUUCUUAGGCAGUAAUGCGUUCUGGUCAGUUACAAUAUUCACUUUGGCCUUGUUUACCCAUGGAGCAGUUACUCCCGGCUAUUUGGGCAAUGGUUUGGAUAUUGCACCCAAUUUCAGUGGCACCAUAUUUGGUUUAGCAAAUACUCUCUCCUCAUUUGGAGGUUUCCUAUCAACAUGGAUGGUGGGAGCUUUAACAUAUGAAGAUAAAUCUUAUCAUCAAUGGCAAAUUGUAUUUUGGAUUUUGGCAGCUACUUAUAUUUCAGGUGCUGUGGUGUAUGUCGUUCUAGGCAGUGGUGAAUUACAGCCCUGGAAUAAUCCUCCCGAGCGCAAAAAAGUUUCCGAUGUACAUGCGGAGGAAGGUGUACCUUUAAAGAAUGAAAAGAUUACAAAUUAAUUUUAAGCAAAAAACUGUUUUAUCUUGUUUUUUUUUUAAUGUAUUAUACUAAACAUUAGUUUUUUUAAUUAAGUAAUAUUUUCAAAAAAAAACAAAACCUUAAAAAAAAUUAAUAAUAUAUUAGCAACAAUUUAAUGAAAAAAAAACUGUAAAAAGAAAUAUCUAAGUUUAUACUUAAAAACCAAGUCUUUCACACAAAAACCCACCUUAGAAACUACUUAAAAAACGCUAUACAUACAUAAAUAUUAAAGAAAAAUACUUGCCUUAAAUAUGUAUAUGAAAAGGGAAAUACUUUUUUUUUUUAAUAUUAAAGACAUUAUUUUUUAGUAACAUUUCACUACAAAUUAAUUUAAAUUUAGUUUUAGACAUUUACUUAAACAAAAAUGCCGAGGGAAUCUCUCUUUUUUUGGCAAAUCAUUUUCAUUUUAAAAAGUUUUCUUUAUUUUUAUUAUAUUACAACCUUAUUUUUUUAUUAUUAGUGUAAAGUAAAAUAUAUUUUCUAAAAAUUAGAAUUGUUUUAGUUCAUAAAAUUUUUCUUUUUUUAAAUUAACUUAAGGAAAAUAAUUCUGUAUUUGGUAAACUGAAAAAAGCAGAAACAUAUUAACAAUAUUACGAUAAAUGUGCAAUUAAUUUUUUAAUUGAAAAGUUACCAACAACCGAUUUUGUUAAUUGCGAAUAUAACAAAAAACAAAUUUGUUUUGAAACAAUAAUCCUUUUAAAUAAUUCAAUACUCAUAAUUAUAAUUUCAACUUCGAUGCAGCCCAAACUCAAGCAGUAAUUCAAAGGAUUAAUAAUAUAAACUACGUUUUUGAUUUCAAAUAUUUGCCUCAAUCUGAAAAACCAUUAACUAGUAAUUUAAAACAAUUACAGUAUGAAAAUGUUUCAUGCUUUUUUCUGUUUACUUUUCUAUUUAAUUUUCAAUAUAUGUAAACAAAUUACUACUUAUUUUCUUUGUAGUAAUUAAAUAAUAGCAAUCAGUUUUUUUAUGUUAAAAUACUUGUUGUUCAAAAUUUUUUAUUAAUAAUUGCUAUUUUUGGUAGCAUUUUCUUCAUCUUUAUUUUUAGUUUAUAAUAAUUAAAAUUUUACUAAUACAUACGUAAAUUAAUACAAUAUUAUAUGUAAUUAAAUAUUUUUAGUUUUUAUUUUGUUUAAAUCAAUCUUUAGGUACUUUUAAAAUGUUAAACUUAUAUGUAUGUACGUAAUAAUUGUGUAUACGUUUAAUUUAAAUAUUUUACUUUACAAUUAAUUAUAAUUUUAUGUAAUUAUAGAGUUAUUUGAAUGCUGUGUCAAAAAUAAAGUUAAAUAAACCACAAAAAA